AUGCAUCAUCACAUAUUCAGUAGCAUCUUGGCAGUAGUGCUCCUGCUCGCCACCCAGAGCCAGGCCCGCUCGGCCGACUCGUCCGCGGCCCAUCCGUCGAACUCGAUCGGCGGUAAUGAGCAAGGCCGAGCGGCGUCCUCGGGUGCCGGUGGCGUCUUCGGCGAGCUGCGCUCCGUCUAUCAGAUCUACAAGGACUGCGCCGGCGCCGAGGUGAGCAGCUGCCUCAAGCUCAGGCUCCUGACGACGAUGGACCGCGUGUCGCGCAGCGCGACCCUCAACAUCGCCGAGGGCAUCACCCUGAUCAAGGACGAGCAGCAGAGCCCGGCUCAGACCCCGACCGAGCGCGAAGAGCCCGUGAAGACGCCCCAGGAGAUCGAGGCCAGCCUGCCGAGGAGCCUGGAAGACAAGGAGGACGCCCUGAACACCAUGAUCUUGGACAAGGCCGUCAGUUUCCUCAAGAGCCAUACCCUCAAGGUCAAGAUGCCCAACGUUGAGGAACUCCAGAGGAGCCUCAGCGAAGAAGCCCGCGCCAGGAAGAAGAAGAACAUGGGCGGUCUCCUGGCCAUCCCUCUGCUGAUCGGUGGUACCCUCGUGCCCUUGGCCCUCGGCACGUUGGCCCUGCUCGCCGGCAAAGCCCUGAUCGUCAGUAAGCUCGCCCUCGUGCUGGCCUCCAUCAUCGGCCUGAAAAAGUUGGUCUCCAGCCACGAGCACGGACACCACGAGGUCCAUGGCGGCGGCGGCUGGGCCCGCUCCGGCCAGGAGCUCGCCUACUCGGCGUACAAGCCCGUGGCCGUGCCAGCUGCCUCGUCCUAA